AUGUUAUACGGUUGUUUCAGGUUAAUACUAAUAUUCUUUUCUUUAGCGUGUUUAAUACUUACUUGUUUUGCAGUGACUGGCUCAUAUGAAAAUAAGUCGUAUUUAACACCAACUUAUUUGAUUAAUUUUCAUUUAAACGGGUUGGACUUGAAGAAAAUAAUUGACGACUCUGUGGGCUCAUUUGGGAAGAGACAACACCCGGAUUUGAAGAGAGGAGAUGUGGAUUUAAAAAGAGAAGACACAACUGCAACACCUACAAUUGCAAUACCAACGGGUUUGGCUGCUGCUGCUACUAGUUUAAUCAAUCAGCCAGGAUUCACUUCGAAUUUAGCUAAUGUCGCAUCAUCUGUAGGAAUUUCUAUCCCUUCGAGUGUCCCAACAUCAACUGGAGAAAUUGUCUCGACUGUUCAAGCCGCUAUUGCCGACUUACUAAAUAAUGUGACACCUGCAGAGUUGGGUAUUGCUGAUGUUUAUUCCACAAGUUUUUGGGGUUACUGCCGUGGUGAGAGAAUCUCCAAUGGUACCACCACGUUUGACAAUGCGUUGGGAAGAUUUAUUGACCAAAACUUUGACAACUCAAAAGUCAACUAUACUUGGUGCUCUCCACCAAAAGCUGGUUUUUUCUUUGAUCCCGUGGAGAUUUUUAAGCAGGAAAUGAAUAGAACAAUCGAUGGAGUUGCUGUUGAUACACAAUCUCAAGUAGUUAAUCAAUUAUCUGCUCAAUAUAAAAAUGAACUAAAGGUGCUUAUUGGUAAUCUUACAAACGAGGAUUUGCAUUUACCAGGUGAUCUUCAAAAGAAUUUAGAGACAUUGAAUAAUCUAACAUUAGCUGGAUUUGCGUUGAUGGUCAUUGCUGCUUGCUUGUCAUUUAUUUCUAUUAUUUUCCAACUUUUGGCAUUUUGCUUAUCUCCAGAUAGCUGUUGUCUAUCCUUCUUGAAUUUCAUGUUUCAAUUUGCAAUUUUCAUCAUAUCGAUCUUGGGUGCUGCUUUAAUCACUGGCUGUUAUGCUUAUGUUCGAAGACUAGUGAAUGAGAAUGUUGGUGAUUUCGGAAUAAAAUCGUUUUUGUCGAUAAAUUUUUAUGCGUUUGCUUGGUCUGCAGCUGUGGCCGCUCUAUUGGUUGUGAUAUUCAACUUGUUGGGUCAUUGCUGUGGAUGCUUUGGAACUGGAAGGAGGAGAUAUAGACGGGUGGAAACAGUCGCUUAUGAACAUCAUGGUGAAAAAUAUUGA